AUGCAGGUAGUUUUUCUGGAAGAAGCUCAGUUAUGCGUACUUGACUGGUCUGCCACAUCAGCAUACAGCAUGACAUUGCUCGUUCUUGUAUUUCUGCCCACAAUUGUUACAGUAUUUAACACAGGUUAUAAAAUCAUAAGGGCAAUGAGGAAUCCUGACCAGUUCGCCUUAUUCAUGUAG